AUGGCAUCAGGAACGACCCCCUUCUGGAUCCUGCCUAUGCAGAUCUUAGCAACUAUGGCGCCUUGCAUCAACUUCGGCGGUUCCGUCCUUCACUCCCCCCUAAUCAUGCCCAUGCUGCAGCUCCCUGGGAUCCCCAUAUUGCACACAAGUCGCCAAAAUGCCUACCUCUUGCACAGCAGUGAGAAGUUCUUCCCACCCCUGUCAUUUCUCUCCGAGUUCUGCAAUCUAGCCCUCCUGCUCUCCUCGUUCCUGGUCCGCGACGCCGAUCCGCAGUGGGCGGACAAGUCCAAACUCUAUGCGAUAGCGCUGUUCUUCAAUUUGAGCACGACAUUUUACGCGUUGUACAUUAUGGUCCCGCAUAAUCGCAAGAUCAAGGCGUUGGCGAAAGAGUUGGAACUGCGGGAGUCAACGAAGAGUGCCGACGAUGAGAAGAUGGGAGAAGACGAGCAGGUUGUGCAAAUGUAUAGGGAAUUGCAAGGGUUUUGGAUUCGGAACAACUAUGGCCGUGCUUCAUGCAUGCUCUCGGGCGCUAUUGUCGCCAUGUAUGCACUCACCUCCUAG